GCCAAAAAGCAUACAAUACCAAAGAAGAGAAAAAAAAUUAAGGAGAGACGUCGUCGACGUCGUCGUCUACAUGCAUUCGCAUACGCAGUGUUUCACAACCGUACAAUGGGAUGGCAUGAUCUAACGGGGCUUUAUUUUGGUUUUGAGCACAAUCCAGAGCAUAUUGUUAUUGAGCAUCACAAGAAAUUCACAUCAAAUCACAUCAAAGUAUUAUUUAACACAACCAAAAGCAAACGCACAUUUUUCGAUUAAACAUGGACUACGGCUGUGACGUGUCCAAUCGCUAUACAGGCUACUUGGAUAGCAGUGACCAUGGCACUUCAAUGAACUCAGCGAUGAAUAAAAAUAAGCGUAAAACGAAAAAGAAGCGGCGACCAAAGAAUCAAAAAUUCGUUGACGAAAACACCGAUACCGAACAAUUGAACCAGUGUCCAGAUAUUGAACAGUCGAAUCAGAACAACAGCACCGAACCGCUUGAACAAAACACCGCUUUUCCAGUUGGAAUUGGCGAUGGAGUGGAUAAUCAGAAAACAUUUUUGACUGAUGGUGCACCUGAUGUAAACCGUAUGAACGAACCGAUGCAACAUGAAACUGUACCAAACACCGUUGACUUCCAAAAGAGUCUACCAAGUUGCGAUUCACCAAUGCAGUCGGACAAAAUACACUAUGACGUCAAAGACACAAACGAAAGCAAUACCACGAUGGAUGAUUUGAAUGCACAGCAGACCAAGUGGAGUGUUAUUUGUUUUGAAGAAGAAAAAUCUUUGAUGGCAUCGGAAUCACAGAACGAUGACCGCACACAAAAAGCAAUACAUGAACCGGAAUUGAUCUUCCAUGAGCAACGCUUCAACUACCCGACAAUUUACUUCUACAACUCGAAUUUUGGCAAUAAAAAUCGACGAACAGUGGACUGGCAUGAUUCGGGUCGUCGUUCAAGAAAUGAUGGCUCUGUCAAUCGAAAUAACGAGGCCGUUUGGUCCAACCGAAACAAAGAAGUCUACAGAAACAAUGAAGUCAAUCGAAACCAUGAAGUGAACAGAAGAAAUGAGACGAACGUCGAAAAGAAACCGAAGCGCCGAAAUCAAUACCAAAAUCGUAGACAAAAGCAUCGAUUGAAUGAGUCUGAUGACAACAACCAUCAGCGUAGCAACGGUGAAACUCGUUUGGAUGACGAAAAACAAACGGAUUCGCAUAAUGGUUCCAAUGAUCGUGCAUCUCAACAAACCGAUGAAUACAUCAACAACGAUACAUCGAACCGACGUGAAUACACCAAUUCACAAAAUCGCUACAACAAGUUCAAAAAUGGCAUGUCCGAACGAACUUUCACCCGUCGUCGACGACCUGAUUUCGUGCGCAACGUUUGAACGGUCUCCAGAAGCAACAACAAAAACACACAAUCCACAAAAUAUUCAUCCGAAAUGCAGUAAAAUUACUGCGAUGUCACACCUAUUUACGAUAAGCAAUCAGCAUCGACCAAAUUCUUUUUUUCUCUCUGUUACCAAUUAAUUUACUUCUCUCAUUACGAUUUGAAAUCAUUAGUCAUCACCAAAUAAACCAUACUAGGCAUUAAGAAAAAAUGAAUCAUGUGAAUAAAAAAGCGAAUCUAUUGAAACCAUA